CACAACAAGAUCGAAACUCACAAACCAUCUCUCUCUGCACUUUCUCUCUCUAGCAUUCUCAGCCAUUUCUCACACACUGCCUCUCUCUCUCUACAUUUUCUGUGUCUGAAUUUUGGAACUUCAUCAGUAGAGAAAAAACCAAAGCCGAAACCCCCACCAAAUUCUUCAUUGAUUUUAAGCUUUUGAAAUCUAAAGGGCAUUUCAAGGGUACCUUUGGGGUUUCUGCAAUUGUAUCCAUAUCUUCUGGUCAUCAUCAUUUGUAGAUAUGCUUGAAGGGGUUUCUGCAAUGCACCGCGUAGGCAGUGCAGGAAACACAUCUAAUUCAACUCGCCCUCGCAAAGAGAAGAGGUUGACAUAUGUGUUGAAUGAUGCGGAUGACACAAAGCAUUGUGCAGGCAUAAAUUGUUUGGCUGUAUUGAAGCCAUUGGCUCCUGAUGGGCGUGAUUACCUCUUCACUGGAAGCCGUGAUGGCACGCUGAAGAGGUGGGAGCUCACUGAAGAGGUGGCUACCUGUUCUGCCACAUUUGAGUCACACAUUGAUUGGGUUAAUGAUGCUGUUCUUGCAGGUGACAAUACGCUUGUUUCCUGUUCUUCAGAUACUACCCUCAAGACCUGGAAUUGCUUGUCUGAUGGAACUUGUACCAGGACUCUCCGUCAACACUCUGACUAUGUUACUUGUCUCGCUGCAGCAGAAAAAAAUAGCAAUGUCGUUGCCUCUGGUGGCCUUGGUGGGGAGGUUUUUGUAUGGGAUCUGGAAGCUGCACUAACUCCAGUCUCAAAGUCGAGUGAUGCAAUGGAGGAGGAUUGUUCCAAUGGCAUCAAUGGUUCUGGAAAUUCAUUGCCCAUUACAAGUCUACGGACUAUUAGUUCAAGCAACAGUAUUUCUCUACACCCUACUCCACCUCAUGGAUAUGUGCCUGUUGCUGCCAAAGGCCACAAAGAGUCUGUGUAUGCAUUGGCAAUGAAUGAUAGUGGAACCCUUCUUGUUUCUGGUGGAACUGAGAAGGUUGUGCGUAUUUGGGACCCAAGAACUGGUUCAAAGACCAUGAAGCUCAGAGGGCAUACAGAUAACAUUAGGGCUCUGCUUCUGGAUUCUACUGGCAGGUUUUGCUUAUCGGGGUCUUCUGAUUCCAUGAUUAGGCUAUGGGAUCUUGGUCAGCAGCGAUGUGUGCAUUCCUAUGCCGUGCAUACAGAUUCUGUCUGGGCACUUGCAAGCACCCCAACAUUUAGCCAUGUUUAUAGUGGUGGGAGGGACCUUUCCUUAUACUUGACAGACUUGGCGACAAGAGAGAGUAUUUUGCUUUGCACAAAGGAACAUCCUAUUUUGCAACUGGCAUUGCAUGAUGAUGGCAUAUGGGCUGCAACAACUGACUCUUCUGUACGCAGAUGGCCAGCUGAAGGACGUAACCCUCAAAAGGUUUUUCAGAGAGGCGGUUCAUUCUUGGCUGGAAACUUGUCCUUUUCAAGGGCAAGGGCUUCCUUAGAAGGAUCAACACCUGUUCCUGUUCACAAGGAACCAUCCUUUACCAUUCCUGGAACCCCAGGAAUUGUGCAGCAUGAGAUUCUAAAUAAUAGAAGGCAUGUCUUGACUAAGGAUACAGCUGGCUCAGUGAAGCUAUGGGAGAUCACUAGGGGCAUUGUUGUUGAGGACUAUGGACAGGUCUCAUUUGAGGAGAAGAAAGAAGAAUUGUUCGAGAUGGUGAGCAUUCCUGCAUGGUUUACUGUAGAUACGAGGCUGGGAAGCUUGUCUGUCCAUUUGGAUACCCCACAAUGCUUUUCUGCAGAAAUGUACUCUGCUGACCUUAAUAUUAUUGGAAAACCUGAGGAUGAUAAGGUUAAUUUAGCACGGGAAACUCUUAAAGGUCUUUUGUCUCAUUGGUUAACCAAAAGAAAACAAAGAUUUGGGUCCCAAUCUGUAGCCAAUGGGGAGGUUGCUUCUGGGAAGGAAAUUUCUACUAGAAGUAUUACCCACUCAAGAAUGGAGAUAGAUGGUAAUGCUGAAAAUGAUUCCAUGGUUUAUCCUCCUUUUGAGUUUUCAACAGUUUCCCCUCCUUCCAUUAUUACUGAGGGCUCGCAAGGAGGCCCAUGGAGAAAGAAAAUCACUGAUCUAGAUGGAACGGAGGAUGAGAAGGACUUCCCUUGGUGGUGUCUAGAUUGUGUACUGAACAAUCGUCUACCUCCCAGGGAAAAUACCAAGUGCAGCUUUUAUCUACAAGCAUGUGAAGGUUCAACUGUUCAGAUCCUUACUCAAGGGAAACUGAGUGCACCUCGUAUAUUGAGAAUUCAUAAAGUUGUUAAUUAUGUUGUGGAAAAGAUGGUCCUUGACAAACCAAUGGAUAAUGUAAACCCUGAUGGAACAUUUGCCCCGGGCCUCCCUGGUGGGCAGUCACAGCAUUCAGCGGUUGGUGGAGAUGGAUCCUUCAGGUCUGGGUUGAAGCCUUGGCAAAAGCUUAAGCCCUCAAUAGAGAUCUUGUGCAAUAACCAGGUCUUAUCCCCUGACAUGAGCUUAGCCACAGUCCGCGCUUAUAUAUGGAAGAAACCUGAGGACCUGGUUCUUAAUUACAGAGUGGUGCAGGGAAGAUGAUUCCAGAUGACAUUUUGACGGAGUUACAGAUACUUGCAGGAUUGGAGUUCGAGGCCCAUGGUGAUGAAGAUCUUGUGCUUUGUGUAAAAUACUUGGAAAUGAUCAAAUCUUCUUGGGGGUUGCUUGUGAUGAUCAGUUGCAAAUCUUGAUAAUCAAUCCAUUGCUGAGUCAAAUCGGUAUUCUCAAAAAUUUGAUGAGAGAACCCGGUUAGCUGUUUCAUAGUUGGAUGGUGGUAUUAUAAGUUUUGGCUUUGUGUAGCUCUUCUCAUGCAAGCUUUUACUUGACAUGAUGGAGUGUUUGUUGUAGUCCCUCUCUCCUUGCAGGCGGGAUUAGAACGUGUUUUUUUGACUCUGAAGGGGAAUUAGCAUGAAGGAACUUGGAGCAACACCCAAGUUGAAUAUGAUGUCGAAAGCUUUGUAGAUUUAUAUUGUUGGGGCACAGUAGCAAAACCAUGUUAUGAAGGUCAUUAAUAUUUUUUCUUUCAUUUUCUCCUUUUGAAAAUAAAAUACCAUUCCCAUUUGUGUCUAGUUAAGUCACUUGACAUAUAUAUAUAUAUAUAUAUAGUACUAGAUAUUAGAUUUUUUUUUCUUUCUUCUUUCUUCUACUGGAAGUUCAAUGUCUGAAGAUCAGUGGCUGGUAAGGUGUUGGGAUUUCACAGUAUCUACGGCUCUUCCAACUGGUGACUUGCAGCCGUAGUUUAUGAAUUGGUUAUUGUUGCUGCUGCUCUCUAUAUACAUAUACUCCUUUGAGAUGAAGUUAAAAAUUUGAUUUCAUUGAAUGAUUCA